CCAAUCUGGUUAUACCCACCCCACCCACAAGGAGCAGCAAACAUUGACCCCACAAACUGUCUGUAGCUAGCCACAACAGGAACAACCUUCAUGGCUUCUGCUGCUCCUAAACCUCAUGUCAUGGUGCUACCCUUGCCCGCACAAGGUCAUGUCAUUCCACUCAUGGAGUUGUCCCAUAGGACUAACGCAAGGUGAACAUACAGAGGGUCAUUAGGACUAACCGAUUGAUAGCGCUUGCAGAGGCCAUCAUCUGCAACACGUUUAGAGAAGUAGAACCUGAAGCGUUGUGGGCUCUCCUACCCAACGCAUUACCUGUAGGUCCACUGGUAGUGCCGAUGUCAAAGCCGACUACUGGUCAUUUUUUCUCUGAAGAUCUGACCUGCCUCACCUGGCUUGAUACGCAAGCCCCUGGCUCCGUCAUAUACGUGGCAUUUGGGAGCUCUACUGUCUUUGACGCGACAAGGUUUCAUGAACUCGCCAAUGGACUUGUGCAAUCCGGCUGUCCGUUCAUAUGGGUGGUUCGGCCAAACUUCGCCGAAGAAAUCGACGAGGAUUGGUUCAACAACCGAUUCAAGCGAAGUGUCAUUAAUGGGAAGGGACUGAUCGUUACUUGGGCUCCCCAGCAAAGGGUACUGUCGCACCCUUCAGUCGCUUGCUUCGUGACACACUGUGGGUGGAACUCCACGAUGGAAGCUGUGCUGCACGGUGUCCCAUUCUUGUGCUGCCCCUACUUCGCUGACCAGUUCUGCAACCAGAGCUACGUGUGUAAUGUGUGGAAGACAGGCCUGAAGCUUUGUUCCAAUGAGCAAGGGGUCGUCACAGGGGAGGAGAUCAAGGAAAAGGUCGUGCAGCUGCUGAGGGAUGAGGAUAUCAAGGCGAGGGUAGCUAUGUGGAAGAACAUAGCAUGUGCAAGCAUCAGAGAGGGAGGAUCCUCUCAUGCGAACUUGCUCAGACUUGUGGAUUUGCUACAGGAAGGAUGAUGUUCCAGAAUCUAGACUCAGGUGCCACAUACAGGCUUAGUGAAAUACUGCAGAGUUUGGUUCUGUGACUUCCCUUUUGUACGUAGGUUACCUUAGACGUGGAAUGGCGCUCCACGCCAUUGAGACUAGUGUACUUGGUAACCGAUGUAGCCACACGUACUGUAGAGUAUCCACAAGUACGCCAACAGCCCCAACAUGGGUACAGCAACAUCUUUUGACCGUAACAUUGUCUCUCGCAAUAAAUGUAAAAGCACAAAAAUCUUAACUUAACCAUUCAGUGAUGUA